AUGAUAUUAAAUUUACGUAAAUCCAUAAAUUCAUCCCUUACUUCGAUACAAAAAAAUUUAAAACCAAGAAUUAUUCGAAGGUUUGGGUCAUUACAUGAGAAUCUUACAAGUAUUCGGGAAGAACUUCGAAAACUUGGCCAUGGUUCGGUAACAUUCGAUCCAAAACAUUCCCUGGGAAUAGGAUUAUUAACAUUGCAAAAUCCAAAAAGACAUAACGCGCUAAGUGGCAAAAUGAUGGCAGAAUUAUCAGAUAUUGUGGAUGAGUUAGAAAACAUUGUUCAGACUAAUACAGACGCUAAUUUAAAUCAUGAGAAUAAUGAGUGUGUGUUGAAUAAAGGGGAUAAUUUAGUUGGAAUUAUCGUUACUGGAAGUAAAAAUACGUUUUGCUCAGGAUUAGAUUUAAGUGUAGCAAAAGACCAUAUCUUAACUCCAGAAAACGGAAAAAAAAUGAGUUUAUUAAUGCAAGAUACACUAUUUAGAUUUGGUCAAUUACCCUUAAUUUCAGUAGCGGCAGUUGAAGGGCAUGCAUUAGGUGGUGGUGCUGAAUUGGUGACUGCCUGCGACCACAGAUGUAUUUCAGAAACCUCAAAAAUACGGUUUGUUCAAGUCAAAAUGUGUGUGAUCCCCGGAUGGGGUGGUGGAAAACGAUUAAUUGAUAUCAUAGGAGAAAUCAAUGCAUUAAAAAUAAUGGGAACUAGUGAACCAAUAACCGCAAAGAAUGGACUAGAAUUAGGAUUUGUUGACGUUAUUGCUCCACAUGGUGAGUGCGUUAAUAGAGCACGUGAAUUUUUAGAUCGCUAUGUUUACUUUUCAGAAAGAAAUGAAGUUGGAAAUAGAAAUGGUAUAAAUGAGGAUAGAAUAAAUUCUGUUAAAGCGGUAAGAGGAUUAAAGUCAUUAAUUUCACGGACGAAAAACAACGAAGAGUAUAAAAAUUUUUUGCGUUAUGAACAUGAACUAUUCUGUUCGCUUUGGGGACGACAAGAGAACGUAGAUGCAGUUCUUAAACCUUCAAAAAAAGACCCAAUGUUCAUCCCUGACGUUAUAAUGUUUCUCAGUGAAGAGGUCGAAGGAUAUUUCACUGAGGAAGUGUUGAAUGAAGAAGAGAAAUUUCUCUGUGGAGAGUCAUCGAAGGAUGAUCGUCAUAAGUUAAAGAUUAUUAUUGAUGGGAAAGAGCAUACGAAAAAAAAAGUUAGUGACCAUUCUUCUGAUACGUUGUUAAAUACUCAAGGACGCAGUUUUCACCACGGGCAGAUCACGUAA